AGGUAUCUAUUUCUUGCUCGAGGGGCCGAGCCAAAGGAUCCCCGUCUCGUUUCGAUCCUCUAGUCGAUGGCGGGGCUCUCUCUUCGCUGCGGCGAUUGCGGCGCCCUCCUCAAGAGCGUGCAGGAGGCGCAGGAACACGCGGAGCUCACCCAACACUCCAACUUCUCGGAAUCUACAGAAGCCGUCCUCAAUCUCGUCUGCACUACCUGUAGCAAACCCUGCCGCUCCAGAACCGAGUCCGAUCUGCACACCAAGCGCACGGGACAUGCAUAUUUUGAUGACAGAACUUUGGAGGCAGCGAAGCCAAUCGAAUUGGAGGCCUCCCACAAAGCUGCUGCUGAAUCGGUGGAGAGUGCCGGUGAGGAAAGUGUCCAGACUGAAGAUAUGAUUGUUCCAGAAGUUGAUAAAAAUCUGCUUGAGCAACUUGAAUCAAUGGGAUUUCCAACUGCUCGUGCAACCAGAGCACUUCACUUUUCUGGUAAUAGCAGUAUUGAAGCUGCAAUAAACUGGGUAGCGGGACACGAAGAUGAUUCAGAUAUUGAUCAGAUGCCUUUGGUUCGUAAGGAAGAAAAGACUGAAGCAAACAAACCAUCUCUGACUCCUGAAGAAGUUAAGAUGAAAGCACAAGAGCUUAGGGAACGUGCAAGAAAGAAGAAAGAAGAAGAAGAAAGAAGAAUGGAAAGAGAGAGAGAGAAGGAAAGGAUACGCAUUGGUAAAGAGCUCUUAGAAGCCAAACGGAUUGAAGAGGAAAAUGAAAGGAAAAGAAUUAUGGCAUUACGGAAGGCUGAGAAAGAGGAAGAGAAAAGAGCAAGAGAAAAGAUCCGUCAGAAAUUAGAGGAGGAUAAGGCAGAAAGGAGACGGAAACUUGGAUUGCCACCUGAAAACCCUGAGACUGCAAAACCCAGUACAGCUCAAGUAGAGGACAAGAAGAGCUCAUUACCUGUCAAACCUGCUACUAAGGCUGAAUAUAUGAGAGAUUGUUUACGGGCUCUCAAGCAACAUCAUAAGGAUGAGGAUGCUAGAGUUAAAGGAUCUUUCCAAACACUUCUUGCUUACGUGGGCAAUGUUGCAAAGAAUCCAGAUGAAGAGAAGUUUCGGAAGAUACGACUAAACAAUCCUACUUUUCAAGAUAGAGUUGGAAGUCUGCAUGGGGGCAUAGAUUUCCUUGGGCUAUGCGGAUUUGAAAAGCUGCAGGAUGGUGAGUUUUUGUUUCUACCUCGUGAUAAAGUUGACAUGGCUAUCCUGAACACCGCUGGAUCUGAGCUGAACUCUGCCAUAGCGAAUCCAUUUUUUGGAGUUUUAUAAUUGGUAGAGCUCCAAAACACUGGCCAACGUAGCAUUAUUUUCCUUCCUGUUCUCCGUGUUUAAAAACCGAAUCUUAAAAUAAUGAUAUUUUUCUGUUCACUUUUGGAUACAAAAAAUGAGGCUGUCAACUACCAAACAACUUUUAAUGAUGUGCUCUGUACUUCUUGAGAAAGCCAUGAUUUAUUUGUUGUUUUGCCCCA